AUGCUGGCACCUACGGCGGCCGUAAAUGACAUUCCUCCAAAAGAAAAUGGGGACGAUGUGAUGAUUGAUACAUCCGGCAACAUGACUGAAGUUGCUGAAACAAGAGGCGACAGCACUAUGGACAUUGAAGGUGCUCCCAAAUUCGCUCCUAUUCAACCAAAAAUGGAAAAAAAGCGUGGUCUGAAGCCUCAAACAAGGAAGGUUCCUAUUCCUCCUCACAGAAUGACUCCUCUUCGAAAUGUGUGGCCCAAGCUUUAUCCACCGUUGGUUGAGCAUUUAUUCCUUCAAGUUCGUAUGAACGUCAAAGCUAGAGCUGUGGAACUACGUGAGAGCAAAGCCACCACGGAUCCUGGAGCUUUGCAAAAGGGUAUGGACUUUGUGCAGGCGUUUGCCCUCGGCUUCGACGUUGACGAUGCAAUUGCGCUCUUGCGUCUAGAUGAUCUUUAUAUCGACACGUUUGAGAUUAAGGAUGUGAAAACCUUGCAGGGUGAUCACUUGAGCCGUGCUAUUGGUCGUAUUGCUGGACAAGCAGGAAAAACCAAGUUUGCUAUCGAAAAUGCAUCCCGUACAAGAAUUGUGCUCGCAGAUAGCAAAAUCCACAUUUUAGGAGGCUUCAGCAAUCUUCGUAUUGCCAAGGAUGCCAUCGUCUCCUUAAUUCUUGGAUCUCCUCCUGGCAAGGUCUAUGCUAAUUUGCGCAGUGCCGCUGCUCGUGCUAAAGAGCGUUUUUAACCACAUAUGAAAACGAUAUAUCUGUGUUUUUCAUAAAAACAUAGCAGACAUUUUACGUGGAUUCCCUCUUUUCCUUCACAACCGUGCAUUGAGUUGUAAAAUGAAUGAACUGGAAAUCACUAAUUACGAGCCGGAUAAAAAGUAUUCAUUCUCAUUUCUUUAAAAAUGUUUUUUAUUCUAUUUUGGACAGGGUUGAUUUUAUUAUUUAGUUUUGGGUUUAUUAAUGUUAAAACGGAAUAUUCCAUAUAGUUAAUGGAUUUUUGAAUAAUCAAUUAUCGACAAUUUCUUAUUGU